AUGCAACCAUCCAGAAUUUCGGCUGGUCUUCAUCGGCCUACAAUUCACCGUGUGACCAAAAACGAACUAAAACAUCCUCUCAGUUUGAACCAGCUGAAUGAUUUCUCACUGCCAUCACUCAAUACAAAUCAUCAAAUAUUAAUAGCUGAUCAAAUUCCGUUAAGACAAUUAUCGAAUAAUAUCCGACAAAGCCAGAAUCAUCCCUCGAGUCAGAAUGCUGGAAAAAUAUCGAGCCGAAGGAAUCGCCAGAUUUUGCCAAAUCCUCCAACAUUCGAUGGAGUACUUACUUCAAGUACAACAAAGUUUUCAUUCACCGCCAAUCAAGAAUCUGGCAAUCUUGACAGUCUAGCUUCAGAAAGAAAGAAGCGAAAUCGGUUAAAAGAAUCUCAUGGUUUUUGUGUAGUUAAAUUAACAUCAUUUUAUUUUAUUUUUGUGCUUUUUCUACGUUAUCAAUACUUUGUUGGGUUAAAAAAUUUUGGCCUAUCAAUAAAAAUCUUACCAAUUUUGUCUAUGCGGAUAAAAAUACAACAACAGCUACAACCUCCACAACCACAACUAGUACGACCAGCACUACAACAACAACCACUACGACAACAACAACAACUACUACUACUACCAGCACUACAACAACAACAACUACGACAACAACAACAACUGCCACGACAACAACUACUACUACUACGACUAGUACGACAACAACAACAACAACAACUACAACAACAACUACCACGACUACGAGCACAAAAACGACGAGCAACAACCGCAUGUCCAAGUUCAUUUACUGGAUCUUUACAGUACAUUGAUGGUGGGUCUACAUUUGGUUGGACUCAAUAUACGCAAACUUAUGUGGCUACUAAUACUCAGCCCUAUCUCUCAUUCGGAAUGGAAACAGACAACCACCGUUAUUUCUUUUUAGACGAUGUUUCUGUCGUCGAUGUUACCGCAACUGCUACUCAGUUAUUGGAUAAUCCUGGCUUUGAAAACUCCACAACAACAGCCACUGGGUGGACUUUGCAGGCUGCAGGCUGCUGCGACGCAAAUGCAGUUCAAAUAAUCACUACCGGUUGUCACAGUGGUACCAAUUGCGUUCAAUAUCAAUGUGGCCCUGAAGUUACUUACAGCUUUUUUGGUCAAGAUUUUGCAGCCACAAUCGGUCACACUUAUAGUAUUUCUUUCUAUUUAAAAGCUACAGGCACAGGUGGUCAACCCACUUUUUGUGCCGUUAACGUUUAUUGA